AUGUCAAUCUCAUUCGCAGCGCAAGAUCUACAGCCUACAUACCAGGCCCUGAUAAAUGGCACGGCCGACUACGACUGGGCGAUUUUCAAUCAGACGGGAAAUGAACUUAAAGUGCAAGCUACUGGGAGUGGAUUGGAGGAUCUAGAGGAGGAGUUCAACGACGGAAGAAUACAAUAUGCUUUCGCUCGUGUGAAGGACCCUGUCAGUUCGUUGCCCAAAUUUAUCCUCAUCUCAUGGCUAGGUGACGGUGUCCCAGAGAACAGAAAAGGAUUAUUCAACAUCCAAAGCCCGCAAGUCCAAGACAAAUUUCUUCGAGGUGCUCAUUUAGUAAUCCAAGCCCGUUCAGAACUCGACGUCACCCCUUCUCUCAUUCAUAAGCGUAUUCAGGAGUCGUCUGGAUCCAAAUACUCUUCUUCAUCCUCUGCUUCCACUCAUUCCGCAGCACCGCCUAGAGUGGCUCCCAGUUACCGACCCAGUCAAGGAUUCGGUGGUGCACAAGGCAAGGUGACUUCUACUUUCAGUCGUCCUACACCCGCUCCACCUGCUGCUGCUCAGCCUCCACCUGCACCCGCAAGAGAACCUUCACCUCCGCCCCCGCCUCCUCCUGCGCCAGUCGUCUCCCCACCACCCGCCGUUCAGAGCGAAGUGAAGCCCACUGCCACUGCAAUCAUGUCCGCUUCCACGCCUGCUACAUCAGAAGCCGUCAAACCAGCUUUCGAGGAUCGAAUUGCCCCAGUGGGAACCGCUUAUGAACCUGUCAAACUCAAUGCCCCCGGUAAAUUGGCUAACAGGUGGAAUCCUGCUGCUCAACAAGACACUCAAGAAGAAACCACUUCCACUGGACCAAGUCUCAAAGAUCGUAUGGCAGCUUUUUCAGGUGGCGGUGCUCCUACUCCUUCAGCUCCUCAGCCCAGUGGGAAGAAGCUGACAUGGUCUGAGAGACAAGCUGAAGCCAAGAGACAGAGGGAAGAAGAGGAUAAAGCAAGUGCUGCAGCGAGUGCCACUGUCGGUGGUAAGCAGCCAUCCACACCGUCUUGGCAGCCUCCAGCAGCCCCUUCAGCUCCAGCUGCACCCUCCCCUCCACCUGUCCCCGCAGCCGCCGCUCCACCCCCUCCCCCUGCAGCAAGUCGACCAGUCCCUACCGCACAAGGCGGAAUGCCCGCAUCCAUCACCAGGUCCUUACCACCUCGAGCUCCAUCCCCUGAUUCUGACGAGGAGAAAGAAGAGGAGGAUGAUUGGGGAGCUCCACCACCUCCUGCACCCGCUGCGCCCUUCAGACCCGAGCCAGUGGGAGAAGACAGUGAUGAUGAAGAAGCCAUUGCUCCUCCUCCGCCGCCACCUCCACCUCCACCACCUCCCGCACCAUCGUCCGAUCCGCAAGUUGAGGAGCUUCAACGAUUAAAAGAAGACCUAACCCUCGAGGAGUCACCUGCCGCUGGACCACCUCCAAUCCCUCAAAACACAAGACCCAAAACCGAAAGCGCACCUCCGGCUCCUGCAGGACAGAGAGCUAAAGUCUUGUUUGAAUACGAAGCAGCGGAGGAUGGUGAGAUCUCGUUGCUAGAAGAGGAGAUUGUUACUCAGAUCGAACAAUUAGAUGAAGGUUGGUGGUCUGGUACAAACCCUCGAGGUCAAUCAGGUCUCUUCCCUGCGAAUUAUUGCGAGCUUGUCGAGGAUGAUGCACCUGCUGCACCUCAGCCUGAAGUCGCUGCUCCACCACCACCGCCGCCCCCACCACCUCCACCACCUCCCCCUCCUCCAGCUGCAGCUGCACCUCCGGAGCCAGAAAUGAAAGACAAUGUCAGAAUUGCUGCAUAUGACUACGACGCUGCUGAAGAUAAUGAGUUAUCGUUCAAAGAAGGUGAUAAGAUCACCGACAUCGAGCAAGUCGAUCCUGAUUGGUGGCAAGGUAAGAACAACGGCAAAGAGGGUUUAUUCCCAGCUGCCUACGUAGUUCACCCAAGCGAAUGGCCUCCUCAAUAG